AGAAAGAGGAUUAGGCUGUUGAAUGCUUUCACCUCUGUCUCUAUAACCACAGCUCUGCAAAAGAGCCUUCUCUUUCUUCUACCGUCUCUCUCUCUCUCCUUCUUCCUUCUCUGAUCAUCACACAAUGCGAGUCUUCCCCAACUCUUCCAUGACGAUUCUCUCUGUUCUCCUCACAACCCUUCUCCUCUCUCUCCCUCUCCCUUCAACCCAAGACCUCAACGCCGACAGAGCCGCUCUUCUCUCUCUCCGUUCCGCCGUCGGCGGCCGCACAUUCCGCUGGGACAUUAGACAGACCUCGCCCUGCAACUGGGCCGGCGUCAAAUGCGACAACAACCGAGUCACCGCCCUCCGUCUCCCCGGCGUCUCUCUCUCAGGCACCAUCCCGAACGGUGUUUUCGGAAACUUAACUCGUCUCCGAACACUGAGCCUCCGUCUCAACGCCCUCACCGGCUCUCUCCCUCUCGAUCUAACCACCUCCUCUGAUCUCCGUCACCUCUACCUGCAAGGAAACAGAUUCUCCGGCCAAAUACCCGAGAGCUUGUUCAGUCUCACUAACCUCGUGAGGCUUAACCUCGCUGAGAACAGCUUCACUGGCGGAAUCUCUUCAAGUUUUAAUAACCUCACGAGGUUAAAGACUCUGUUUCUUCAAGAUAACAACCUCUCCGGUUCAAUCCCUGAUCUUGAUUUACCGUUGGUUCAGUUCAACGUAUCUAACAACUCACUGAACGGAUCAAUACCAAAGAAUCUUCAGAGAUUCGAGUCCGGUUCGUUUCUUCAGACCUCACUCUGCGGCAAGCCGCUCAAGAUUUGCCCUGAUGAGGAGACUGUACCGAGCCAGCCUACUUCCGGCGGAAACAGAACACCGCCAAGUGUCGGAGGAAGCAAUGAGAAGAGAAAAAACAAACUCUCCGACGGAGCUAUCGCCGGAAUUGUGAUCGGAAGCGUCGUUGGUUUCUCUUUGAUCGUUCUGUUACUGAUGGUACUCUGCCGGAAGAGAUCAAGAGCCGUCGACGGUUCAACUAUCAAACAGCAAGAACCCGUAGUCCCUCGGGAAGCGGCGGCGGAGAACGGGAACGGGUACUCGGUGACCGCCGCGGCAGCCGCGGCGAUGACUGGGAACGCGAAAGCUGGAGAAGUGGCCGGUCCGGCGGCUAAGAAGCUUGUGUUCUUUGGUAAUGCUACUAAGGUUUUCGAUCUUGAGGAUUUGCUGAGAGCUUCGGCAGAGGUUCUUGGGAAAGGAACGUUUGGGACGGCGUAUAAGGCGGUCCUUGACGCGGUUACGGUUGUGGCGGUGAAGAGGCUGAAGGAUGUGGUGAUGCCGGAUAAAGACUUCAGGGAGAAGAUUGAGUUGGUUGGUGCGAUGGAUCAUGAGAACUUGGUGCCGUUAAGGGCUUACUAUUUGAGCAGAGACGAGAAGCUUCUUGUCUAUGACUUCAUGCACAUGGGAAGCUUGUCUGCUCUCUUACAUGGAAACAGAGGAGAAGGAAGGACUCCAUUAACCUGGGAUGUACGUUCACGAAUUGCUCUUGGUGCAGCUCGUGGCUUAGACUACCUUCACUCACAAGGAACCUCCAUCUCUCACGGCAACGUUAAAUCCUCAAACAUCCUCUUAACCAAGUCCCACGACGCCAAAGUCUCGGACUUUGGCUUGUCCCAGCUCGUAGCUGCCUCCAGUACAACUCCAAACCGUGGUACGGGUUACCGUGCGCCUGAAGUAACCGAUCCGAAACGCGUGUCGCAGAAGGGUGACGUGUACAGCUUCGGCGUGGUGCUUCUUGAGCUGAUCACCGGUAAGGCUCCUUCGAACUCGGUGAUGAAUGAGGAAGGAGUUGAUCUGCCGAGAUGGGUUAAGUCGGUGGUGAGAGAUGAGUGGAGGAGAGAGGUUUUUGACUCGGAGCUGCUUAGUUUGGAAAGGGAGGAAGAAGAAAUGAUGGAGGAGAUGGUGCAGCUAGGGAUUGAGUGUACUUCACAGCAUCCGGACCAGAGGCCUGAGAUGGCUGAAGUGGUUAGCAAGAUUGAGAGUUUGAGACGGUCUGGUCCUGAUCAAGUGGAUGAAGCUUAUUGAUUUGAGAAUUAAUAAUUAGAUUUUUAAUUAUUAAUAGUCUAAGUUAAUGGUUGGGGGCAAAAUUGAUAUGAGUUAUUGGUUUUAGAAUCUUUCAAUUUUGAAAUUUUUAACUUAUGUUUUUGACCCCACUUGCUAAAAGGAGAUGGGGUUUAGUGGUAACUCUGCUGGCAUUUGCAUUUGUUUGUUUGUGUUGGGCGUGAGGAUUUGGUGGUGAUUGUAAUUAUUGUUACUUUGUCUUUCUUGAAUAUUUUUUAUUUUAAUUAAGUUAUAUA